UUUUAUAAUUUUAUAGUMUUUCUUUUCUGUACUUACUAAUUAAUUAAUUAUAUUUUUUAUUUAGAUCUCAAGGAUWGCAGAUACCGUAAGCUAUUAAAAUGGAGAGCAGAACGUGAUAGACUUAAAAAAAUGGAACAGACAAAGAAAAAACCUGCUUUCAAAGUAGGCGUAGUCCAUCAUAAUUACUACUCUCCUCCGAUAAAAGUUUCUAAUGUACUAUCUCCUAUUAAAUUAUCUAUAAAUAGUCAAAAACAAGUUACACAAYCUACAUUACCAUCGAAAAGAAUAACCAGAGCUACUGAAAAACGUUUUCUUAGGAAACAAGAGAAAUUGACUACCGAAGUACCACBAAAACAAAAUGUUACAGAAAAAAAACAAGAGAAAUCUGAAGGAAAAAAUAAAAGAAAAARUAACGUUAAAACUGAACAAAAAUCUUUUGCACCUGGUAAUUAUACAUUUACUGCUCCAAGCGGUAUAACAAGUAUGCCUUUAUUUGGUCGUGUGAAUAUAAUACUUACACCUGUAAAAGAUUCAAAAUCAAUUAAAAAUAAGACUAAAGAAGAGAUAUCUUUGUUGAAUAAAAAGUCAGAAUCAUUAGAUCAAGAAUGUAAUAAAAAAACUGAUAUAAAUGAUAAAAUGCCUAGUACUAGCAUAAUAAACAAUUCAAUAGAAACAUUAAAAAAUAAUCGUGAAAUGACAUUUGAUUUUCUUGACAAAGAAAGAGAAUUUCUUAGAAAUAGUACUUUUUCCGAUGAUAGUAAUCAUUCAAAAAUUAUACUGUCGCCUGGCAAUAUUUCACCCAUCAUGACAGAAAAAGAAACACACGAAAAUUCAAAYARUAAAAUUAAAACUUCUUUUUCAAMAAAUAUUUCUAAGGAAAAAGUUAUAAACGAAUCCCCUAAAAAUAUAAAUAGCAAUUCAAGUAAAGAAACACCUCCUUCAACAAAGGAUAAUGCUAAUUUAUGUAAGGAUCCAGCAUACUUUUCACCAUACAUAGUAUCAAGWCGAGGUAAAAGUAAUGCUAGAAAGGAACAACAAUUACGUCGUGGUAUUGGUUCUCCAGAUGAUAGUAUUCCUACUAAAGAAACAGUUAUGCAAACUCUUAACUUAUCGAUUGAAGAUGAAGAACGUACUGCGCAAUAUUUUGCUUUCCUA